AUAGGGGCAGGUCUCUUGAUUCCCACUCUCGUGUGUUCUCCAUCAACGGCAGUACUAUAAAAUGGUACCUCUAAACAGAAAGAGACGACAGGACUGAUCAUAGAGGAUGAAAAACAAGGAUGGCUGCUAAAGAAUCAAGAAGAAAACUAUGAACCUCUGGGUUCUUCUGAAGAAAAACCUGAAAGAAAAUGCCACUAAGAUACCCAGUUCAUUCUUCAGAUCACAGCUGUCUGCCUCAACCCCCAAGUUAGAGUGAGCCAUGCCACAGGAAGUGCUGAUGCUGUGACCAUGUUUAUACCCAGUCUAUUCAAAUAGUGCUGAGCCUUCCCAACUCCUGAAGUGAAUACUGAAACCCCAAAUGUGCCCAGAGACGUCCUGAAGAGACUGAGGGGCUGAGGAGCUUUAGGGCGCCCAGAAGGAGAUUCCUGAAUCCGACUCAGAGCCAGAGAAUUGCCUGCUGUUUGAGUGACCUCCAGCUCUUCCCCACCUGAAUCCCUGUUGCUAUGGAGAUCACCAAUGGGACUGAGACCUGGUAUCAGAGUCUGCAUGCUGUUCUGAAGGCUCUAAAUGCCACUCUUCACAGCAACUUGCUCUGCCGGCCAGGGCCAGACAACCUGACUGAGGAGCGGCGGGCCAGCAUGCCUGGCCGUGAUGACAACUCCUACAUGUAUAUUCUCUUUGUCAUGUUUCUAUUUGCUGCCACUGUGGGCAGCCUCAUCCUGGGAUACACCCGCUCCCGCAAAGUGGACAAGCGCAGUGACCCCUACCAUGUGUACAUCAAGAACCGUGUGUCUAUGAUCUGAUGCUGGGAACCCAGGAUGGCUCAAGAUCAAGACACCUGAGGACAGUCUUCUGGGCUUCCAGAACUCAGCCGUGGAUUACAUCGGGCUUCAGUGUUCGUAUCUGCAAGAUCAAAAAGGAACAGUGCUAAGGGAUGUUGGCACUGGGCUGGGAGGAGAGGGGCCAACCUAGGCCUUGUGGAAAAGAAGUUUUUUCCAGCAAAGAUGGACUUGAUAGACAGUGGGAACCAUGAACAAUUAUAUAGAAGUAGCAAAAGAUAAUAACCAAUGACCGGUCCAGUGGCUGGAGUAUCAAGGGUGGGGACUAGGGACUUAAGGAAGGAAAAAAGGAAGUUGUAGCAGAGGGAAAUGAAACAGAAAAAUGUACGGAGGACACAUUUGUGUGUGUGUUAUCUUCAAUGACCAUGAGAAGCAGCAGUGAUUAUCCCAGGUCACAGAUAGGUAUAAUGUUACUGAUUUACAACUGUUCACAUUUUAUGUUUUCCAACUCAUUUAACAUUUGUGAUUUUGUCCCCCCUGUGAGGGAAGCAGGGCCAGUCCCAUUCUGUCACUUUGGGCCAGAGCAGUGCCACGACUGGAACUCAAGAACUCUGGUCUCCUUGCCCAGUGCUUUUCAAAACUGUGCCACGUAGGAGUGGACCCAGGCCUAAAAGUCACACAAUUCUGGGAGCCCUCCUUAAGGAAAAAAAUUCAAAAAUAUCCUACUUAUGCAAAUACUACAAAAACAUAUUACCAUGUUAAUGCAUUCCUAGGGCCCUUCCUAAGACCUUAAGAAGGAGCCAUGCAUGUGCAGGGCUCUGAAUGACCUCAUUAGCUCCAUGGUUCAUGUGACUCUCCAGCCACGUCGCAGUUGUCCCAGUGCCCUUCCCAGCCACAACCACAGUCAUGAGGUUUCACCACCUCCAAUGCAGCCUCUUCCAUUGGGAGUUUUGUGAGAAAUUUUCUAAUACCAAGUUGAAAUCUGCAUCUAUAAGAUUAUUAGCACACUUGGAAGGUUAUAUUAAAAGAAGCAGAGUGUGCAAGGCCAGUACCUGGUUCAGUGGAAAGAGAACCAGUCCUGCUUCUACCACUAAUGUGGUAUGUGACCCUGGCUGAACAUGUCUCUAUCUGACCCCUUUCCCUCUUUAGCACAGUGAAAUGGUUAGACUUGAAAGUCUAAGAGCUUCACCAGUUCUGACAUUCUAGGCUUCAUGUACGGUAGGUAGAACCAUAUAAAACUGCUGUGUUUGUGGGUCAAAAACAGCUGAAUAUCAGUAGUUUCAUACGGUUCAAUCUAAUAUGUGCAAUGUGGCAGGUGAGUACUUUAUAAGCUGCAAAUCCCAGGCUGGAACCUCCCACUAUUGGUUUGAUUUCUAUUUAAGAAAUCUCCAUGGGGGUCUCCAAAAGGCCCUACUGAAGCAUACACUUUCAUGUAUAGCAAAAACUCUGAAAUGAUACUUUGGUAUCAGUUUUCUUUGAGGAGAAAGAUUAUGGGUGAUGUUCCUUUUCUACUUUAAAAUUUUAUGUACUAUUUGAUUUAUUUGACCAUAAGUAUGUUACUUAUAUAGUAAGGGGGGUGGGGAGCUACUUUGAAAAAUUAAAAAUAAACGCUUA